UGAGAGGACAGACCAGCCCACAUCAGUUCAGCUUCAUCAUCAGUCAUGUUCUCUGCAGCUCUGAUUCUGCUGCUGACCGCUGGAUCCUGUGUGCACUGUAUCGAUCUCAUCACACCAGGCUCAAUGGUUGUGCAGCCUGGACAGACUCUGACCCUCACCUGUCAGGUCUCUGGUUACUCUCUGACUGAUAACAGCUAUGCAACAGGUUGGAUCAGACAGUGUGAAGGGAAACCGAUGGACUGGAUCUGUCAUCGGAGGGGUGGUGGAGACUUUUACCAAAAUAAUGCUCUGAAGAACAAGUUCAGCUACAGGACAGACACAUCUGCUAGAACAGUGACUCUAACAGGACAGAAUAUGCAGCCUGAAGACACUGCAGUGUAUUACAAUCAUUGUGACUACUACGCCUACUUUGACUACUGGGGGAAAGGAACGAUGGUGACCGUCACAACAGCCACUUCAUCCAAACCAACCGUGUUUCCUCUGAUGCAAUGCGGGUCUCAGACUGGAAACACCGUCACUCUUGGCUGCCUUGCCACCGGCUUCUCGCCCUCCUCGGUGACCUACGCGUGGAGCAAAGCUGGAACUGCCUUUACGGACUUCAUCCAGUAUCCUCCAGUAGAGAAGAGUGGUGUUUAUACAGGAAUCAGUCAAAUCAAAGUGAACAAGGAGGACUUGGACGCAAAGCAGCCCUUUAAAUGCAUCGCAUCAAACAUAGCAGGAAACGGAGAGGGGACUUUCAUCGUGACAACGCCGAUUUAUAAGGAGCCAACUCUUAAAGUGUUUUCCUCAUAUGAUGGGGAAGAGGAGGUUUCCUUCUCAUGCUUUGCCAAAGAUUUUGCACCAAAGCAGUACGAGUUCAAAUGGCUGAAAAACGAUGGGGUAAUCCCCCACGACACAUAUGUGGACCAAACUCCUGCCAAAGAAAAAAAGACAGAGAAUGGAACUCUGUACAGUGCAGCAAGUUUCCUCACAGUACCAGCCAGCGAGUGGACUCAAGACACCAAGUAUGUAUGCGAGUUUAAGGGGAAAGGUUUGAAAGGUCCAGUGUACAAGAAUGCUUCUGUGAGCAACGAUAUGAACGAUGGGAGCAACGGGGGAACUGGUAUUACAUGUGACUCCCUUAUGUCUCACUCUAAAGGUCCCGGAUGUUCUGUGGUAGAUGUGGAUAUAAAUAUCAAAGGCCCUUCAAUGGAUGACUUGUUUUCAAAAGGAAAAGGAACAAUAGUGUGUGAGGUCACGGUAAAUAAGGUCUCUGCAGACAAGAUUUAUUGGACAGACGAGCAAGGGAAAGACCUAGCUGCUGCCUCAACAACUAGAAGCAAAGGAGGUAAAGGCAAAUUCAGCCUUCCCCUUGAAAUCUCCUUUGAUGAUUGGAGCCGUGGGGUAAAGCACUUCUGUAAUGUUGUACAUUCGGAGUAUACUGACCCCAUCAAGAAACAGCUUGAAAGGAAUAUUGGAGGACUGACUCAGCGUCCAUCAGUGUUUAUGCUGCCUCCGUUAGAACAUACUAGAAAAGAAAUGGUGACCUUGUCUUGCUAUGUGAAAGACUUCUACCCCAAGGAGGUUUAUGUGUCUUGGCUUGUUGAUGACGAGAAAGCAGACUCAAAGUUCGGGUUCCAUACCACAGAACCUGUAGAAAACCAAGGAUCUUAUUCGGCAUAUAGCCAGCUAUCCCUCAGCUUCGAGCAGUGGAACAAGAGUGAUGCAGUGUUUAGUUGUGUAGUAUACCACGAGUCUCUGACUAACACAACUAAAGCUAUUGUCAGGUCCAUUGGGUCCAAAACCUCUCAAAACAUCAACCUGGUCAACCUCAACAUGAACAUCCCUGAAACGUGCAAGGCCCAGUAGAUGUUUUUUUUUUUUGUCUCCAUCUGUCUUCUGUUGUUUGUUGCUUGUGAUUUGACAUUGUGUUUGUCUUUAAAUGCAAAAUAAAAACAAAAAAAAAGGUUGAA